AUGACUGUAAAAGACAAACUUAUAUUAUUGUCCUUCCUAGUUAUGCUUGCACUAAUUGUUGGUACGGAGUUCCUAUACAGAGAUAAGUUAAGAGAAUAUUCAUAUGAAUGGAUUCCUGAAUUUCAAAACCAAAUGACUACAUCAGGAAAAAAUUUCUUUCAUUUCAUUACUUUGUUUGGAGAGGGACCAGCGGCUGUCGCAGUAUUUGGAAUCACCUUUGGAUUUUCAACUAGAGAUAAGGCCUUUUAUAUGAUGUUUGUUCAUACAGUAUGUGGUGUAUUAAAUCAGUAGCUAAAGAUAACCUAUAGGGAACCCAGACCUUUUCUAGUUGUUGAAAAAAUAUAAGCUCUCGAUUGCUCUAAAACUUAUGGGAAUCCUAGUGGCCAUGCCACAAAUUCUGCUUGUGUCUAUAAGUACAGGGGUAGCAAAUUUAGAAAAAUGUGGUUUUACAUUUCCCUAUUCCUCCUAGUUUUUCUUUUAGUAAGCGUGGAUGUAAGUCGACUUGCCCUUGGUGCUCAUUCAAUAAACCAAGUCAUAUAUGGUUCACUUUUAGGAAUAUGGCUAGCUUUAGCCAUGUUUUAUUAUACGAGGCCAUUUCUACAGGUGCACUUAAGAUCUAUUCUGGAGUUUGACACUCGAGAAUUCGUGAUUCAAAGACUUGGUACAGUUAGAAACUCUAUGCUUUACUAUAUACUGAUAGUAAUGUCGAUUUGGUUCAUUGUGAUAUUGAUAACAGUACUAAACUUCAUAACUUCUACUAAAUAUGGAAACUACCCCAAUGAGUGGAUUGAAUCUAUAAUUAGCAAAUGCGGAGGAGAAGAUAAUAUCAGUUAGAAUUCUAUUUUUAUAAACUCUGCUUUUGUCAAGUCGGGAUUAGUUUCGAACCUAAUAGGCGCUUACUUGGGUAUAAUUCUAGAUUCAAUAUAUAUGAAAGGCACUCAUUAGAACAUUAAUGAGACACCCUUGUGGAAAGGCAUUUUGAGAGUUCUUAUAGGCUUGGUGAUAAGUAUUCCCUUUUUGAGUCUUUAUUACCUAAUGCCAGAUAAUUCUAACGUAAUGACAUUGUAUUUAGUGAAGAGUACGAUACCUUGCUUCUUUGUAAUGCUUUUGCUAUUUUCAGUUGUAAAGUUGAUCUUCAUCAGAUUUAAUCUAGUUAAUAUGGACAAGCAGUGA